AUGGCACCGGUAGCUAUCAGCGAGGAAAGCGGCAAUGCAACUAUCGGCAGUGUUGCGGAGUUGAAGAAAGCUCAAGCCAAUAAGCCAACAGAGGACACUCAGUUAUUCAAUCCCUUCUUCUCGCCCACUGUGGAGACCGAGAACGACGACUACCAAUAUGCCAAGUACAAGCCCCAAUUCCCUGUUGUGGAGUGGGAACCGCUCACAGAAAUCGAGGUCACCGACCGCGGCCACUUUGCAGACCCAAGCAAGACUGCUCUCUUCAGUGCUGCACAGAAAGUGAAACACCUCACACCCGCCAUUGGCACAGAACUCGUUGGUAUCGACCUCCGCCAACUAACGAAUCAGCAAAAGGACGAACUCGCCCUUCUUGUUGCGGAGAGAGGCGUUGUUUUCUUCCGAGACCAGGAGCUCAGUAUCCACGAGCAGCUCGACGUUGGUAGAUACUUUGGACCCCUUCACAAGCAUGCAUCGACCCCCAUCCCUCGAGAACCGGGACUUGAGGAGGUCCAUGUCGUUUACAAUGACGCUGCACAACGUCCUGAUGCUAGCGGGUUUUCGAAGAUCGAGCUGUGGCACAGCGAUGUGACAUAUGAGGUCCAACCGCCAAGUACCACGUCUUUGAAGGUGAUUACUGGUCCCGAGUAUGGCGGUGACACGCUCUGGAGCUCUGGUUAUGCUCUUUAUUCCUCCCUCAGUCCAGGCAUGCAGGUAUACCUCGAGGGUCUUACGGCUCUGCACAGCGCCGUCGCGCAAGCGGAUGGAUAUCGCGCAGCUGGCCUCCACGUCCGUCGCGAACCUGUCGAAAGCGUACAUCCUGUCGUUCGCGUCCAUCCAGUGACCGGCUGGAAGAGCGUUUAUGUCAACCCUGGCUUUACUCUUCGCAUACUCGGCGUUCCCAAACCCGAAUCCGACACCAUUCUCAAUUUCUUGUUCCACCAGAUCGCCGAUAAUGUCGACUUCCACGUGCGCUUCCACUGGGAGCCGAAUUCAGUCGCAUUUUGGGAUAACAGGAUUGUGACUCACACCGCAACUUUCGAUUUCUGGCCUCACACUCGCCAUGCGCUCAGAGUUACGCCUCGUGGCGAGAAACCCGAGUCUGUUGAAGACUACGAGAGCCGGACAGGUAAAGUGGCGAAAGAUCGCCAGAUUGAGAUCUGGAAGGAGCAGGGAGUUGAGAUUCCACAGUCGAAGAAGGGUCUGUCUCGGGCACGCGGAUAUAAUGACUGA